AUGGCUCCUCUCAUCUUAACAUGGUAUUCAGAGCAUAGUCCUAGGCGUUUCAUAUUCAUCCGCACAGCAGCAGACUUCUCCGCCGCUAUCCCUCCUCCUCUGGUUUCUCCCCUCAUCGGCGCAGCAGCAGACUACUCCGCCAUUUUCCCUCCUCCUCUGGUUUCUCCCCUCAUCGGCGCAGCAGCAGACUUCUUCGCCAUUUUUCCUCCUCCUCUGGUUUCUCCCCGCAUUGGCUCAGCAGCAGACUACUCCGCCACUUUCCCUCCUCCUCUUGUUUCUCCCCUCAGCGGCUCAGCAGUAGACUACCCCGCCCUUAUUCCUCCGCCUCUUAUACCACUCCCCACAUCUACUCUGCAGUUUGGAGUCAACUUCCCCAGUUGGCUGAACUGUCUUGAGCGCACGCUGUGUGGCACCCUCGUGAGUGGCUUUAACCUCUGGUUUGUCGCUCAUUAUAGUGGUUCUUGCGCCAUUCCCACCUCUCCCUCUGAACCCACCUCUUCCUCCUCUGACCCCUAUGCUAAUGGCCUCCGUGCUGCCAUUGCUGAAACUGAGCGGCUUGUGACCACGGCACAAGCCACUGCCACGGCUGCUCCUGACAAUCCUGUUGCCCGUGACUUAGCUCGUAUUCUUGCUGAGUCCCUCGAGAGCACCGGCAAGCGCCUCACUGAGCACCUCGCUGCCCCCUCUCCUCACUUUGCGUCUACGCCCAUUUCCUCUGCUCCAUCUCACUCUGACCUUCUCGCUGACUGGCAUGUUGCCAACGCACGUGCCUGUCAUGUCAUCCUUGCGUGCCUCCCUCCAACUCUUCUCCCUCAGUGCUCGCACAUCCGCUAUGCCAAGGACCUUCUUGGCUAUCUUACCGAGCGCUUCCAGUCGCAGACUCCUAUCAGUGUCAUUGCCCUCUUACGCAAGCUCACCUCUCUUCGUCUUGCUGACUUCACCACCAUGGCGGACUACAUCGCUCGUGUGCAGACGCUGUCCUCCCAACUUGCCUCUCAAAAGUUUGAACUUUCCGAUCAUGUGUGCGGUGCCCUCCUCUUCACAGGCCUCACUCCUGAAUACAGUGUUCAUGUCACUCUGUAUGGUGAGCGCCCUGCCGACCAGUGGUUGUUCUCUCGUGUCUCUGCCUUCCUCCUCCAGGCAAAGCUCAACCUCCGUAGUUGCCCUCCUAUUGCCGCCGCUAUCACACCCUCUUUUGCCCCCCCCCUUCUCCCCAACUCCACUGCCGAUAGCAUUCUAGGGCUUCUCCCCUUAUGGACCCUCGUUUUAACAUGA